GCCCGGCCCCGCCCCGUGCCUCCAGCCCGCCAGGAGCGCCCUCGCAGUGGCCGCCUGCUCGGCCGCUCGCCGCCCGCGGGUUCCAUUGAGAAAAGCCGAGCGGCGGCGGCGGCGGCGAGUGCGCGGGAGCGGAGGAGCCGGCACCCGCCCGCCGGGCAGUCCGCGCGCCCGCAACGCAGGACCGUGGCCUCUCGGGCCUCCGCGGCAGCUCCAGCGGCUCCGGGGCUGGGCGCGCGGGCUGGGGGCGCGGGCCGGGGCGGCCGCGGAGACCGGGGGCCGGGGGCAUGAGCGGCCCCGCGGCCCCGCCGCGCCCCCGCCGCCCGCCGCCGCCCGCCCGGGGCUAGAGGCGGCCGCCGGGAGGGCGCGCGGCGCCGGAGACAUGUCCAGGAGGAAACAGAGCAACCCCCGGCAGAUCAAGCGUUCCCUCGGAGACAUGGAGGCCGGAGAGGAGGUGCAGUUGGUGGGUGCCAGCCACACGGAGCAAAAGGCCAUAGCCCCUGAAGCCCCGAGCCCUCCCAGCGCCGAUGUUAACUCACCCCCACCGCUGCCACCCCCCACAUCCCCAGGAGGCCCCAAGGAGCUGGAAGGACAGGAACCAGAACCCAGGCCCACGGAGGAAGAGCCGGGCAGUCCCUGGAGCGGGCCAGACGAGCUGGAGCCGGUGGUGCAGGAUGGGCAGAGGCGCAUACGGGCCCGACUCAGCCUCGCCACGGGCCUGUCCUGGGGCCCGUUCCACGGGAGUGUCCAGACCAGAGCCUCAUCCCCCAGGCAGGCGGAGCCGAGCCCAGCCCUGACCCUGCUGCUGGUGGACGAGUCCUGCUGGCUGAGGACGCUGCCCCAGGCCCUGACUGAGGCCGAGGCCAACACAGAGAUCCACAGGAAGGAUGACGCACUCUGGUGCAGGGUCACCAAGCCGGUGCCUGCGGGGGGACUCCUGAGCGUGCUCCUCACAGCCGAGCCCCACAGCACCCCCGGCCACCCUGUGAAGAAGGAGCCAGCAGAGCCCACGUGCCCGGCCCCUGCACACGACCUCCAGCUCCUGCCCCAGCAGGCCGGGAUGGCCUCCAUCCUUGCCACCGCAGUGAUCAACAAAGACGUCUUCCCCUGCAAGGACUGUGGCAUCUGGUACCGCAGCGAGCGCAACCUGCAGGCGCACCUGCUCUACUACUGCGCCAGCCGCCAGGGCACCGGCUCCCCGGCCGCGGCCGCCACAGACGAGAAGCCCAAAGAGACCUACCCCAACGAGCGCGUCUGCCCCUUCCCCCAGUGCCGCAAGAGCUGCCCCAGCGCCAGCUCCCUGGAGAUCCACAUGCGCAGCCACAGCGGAGAGCGGCCCUUCGUGUGCCUGAUCUGCCUGUCGGCCUUCACCACCAAGGCCAACUGCGAGCGGCACCUCAAGGUGCACACGGACACGCUGAGCGGUGUCUGCCACAGCUGUGGCUUCAUCUCCACCACAAGGGACAUCCUCUACAGCCACUUGGUCACCAACCACAUGGUCUGCCAGCCUGGCUCCAAGGGUGAGAUCUACUCGCCAGGGGCUGGACACCCAGCAACCAAGCUGCCCCCAGACAGUCUGGGCAGCUUCCAGCAGCAGCACACGGCCCUGCAAGGCCCCCUGGCCUCCGCGGACCUGGGCCUGGCGCCCACCCCAUCGCCAGGACUGGACAGAAAGGCCCUGGCCGAGGCCACCAACGGAGAGGCCAGAGCGGCCCCCCAGAAUGGAGGCAGCAGCGAGCCCCCGGCGGCCCCCAGGAGCAUCAAGGUGGAGGCGGUGGAGGAGCCGGAGGCGGCCCCCAUCCUGGGCCCCGGAGAGCCUGGGCCCCAGGCCCCGUCGCGGACGCCGUCGCCGCGCAGCCCCGCCCCGGCCAGGGUCAAGGCCGAGCUGUCCAGCCCCACGCCGGGCUCCAGCCCGGUGCCCGGCGAGCUGGGCCUGGCCGGGACCCUGUUCCUUCCGCAGUACGUGUUCGGGCCCGACGCGGCGCCCCCCGCCUCGGAGAUCCUGGCCAAGAUGUCCGAGCUGGUGCACAGCCGGCUGCAGCAGGGCGCGGGAGCCGGCGGCGCGCAGACUGGGCUCUUCCCGGGGGCCCCCAAGGGCGCUACGUGCUUCGAGUGCGAGAUCACCUUCAGCAACGUCAACAACUACUACGUGCACAAGCGCCUCUACUGUUCAGGCCGCCGUGCGCCCGAGGACGCGCCUGCCGCGCGCAGGCCCAAGGCGCCCCCCGGCCCGGCCCGCGCGCCCCCCGGCCAGCCCGCCGAACCCGACGCGCCGCGCUCGUCCCCAGGCCCCGGAGCGCGCGAGGACGGGGCUGGGGGCGCGGCCACGCCCGAGGACGGCGCGGGCGGCCGGGGCAGCGAGGGCAGCCAGAGCCCCGGUAGCUCCGUGGACGACGCGGAGGACGACCCCAGCCGCACGCUGUGCGAGGCCUGCAACAUCCGCUUCAGCCGCCACGAGACCUACACCGUGCACAAGCGGUACUACUGCGCCUCGCGCCACGACCCGCCGCCGCGCCGACCGGCCGCGCCCCCGGGACCCCCUGGGCCGGCUGCGCCCCCGGCCCCCUCUCCCGCCGCGCCUGUGCGCACGCGCAGACGCCGCAAGCUCUACGAGCUGCACGCGGCCGGCGCCCCGCCCCCCCCGCCGCCGGGCCACGCCCCCGCGCCCGAGUCGCCGCGGCCCGGAAGCGGAAGCGGAAGCGGCCCCGGCCUCGCCCCUGCGCGCUCGCCCGGCCCCGCGGCCGACGGCCCCAUCGACCUGAGCAAGAAGCCGCGGCGCCCGCUCCCCGGAGCCCCGGCACCGGCGCUGGCAGACUACCACGAGUGCACGGCCUGCCGCGUGAGCUUCCACAGCCUCGAGGCCUACCUGGCGCACAAGAAGUACUCGUGCCCCGCUGCGCCACCGCCCGGCGCGCUCGGCCUGCCCGCCGCCGCCUGCCCCUACUGCCCCCCGAACGGCCCGGUGCGCGGGGACCUGCUGGAGCAUUUCCGCCUGGCGCACGGCCUGCUGCUCGGCGCGCCCCUGGCCGGCCCGGGGGUCGAGGCCCGGACGCCGGCCGACCGCGGCCCCUCGCCCGCUCCCGCCCCCGCCGCCUCCCCGCAGCCCGGGUCCCGUGGCCCCCGGGACGGCCUCGGCCCGGAGCCCCAGGAGCCGCCGCCCGGCCCGCCCCCGUCCCCGGCCGCCGCGCCCGAGGCCGUGCCGCCCCCGCCGGCGCCCCCCUCCUACUCGGACAAGGGCGUCCAGACUCCCAGCAAGGGCACGCCGGCGCCCCUGCCCAACGGCAACCACCGGUACUGCCGUCUUUGCAACAUCAAGUUCAGCAGCCUGUCCACCUUCAUCGCCCACAAGAAGUAUUACUGCUCCUCGCACGCCGCCGAGCACGUGAAGUGAGCGCCCACACUACAGCCGCAGACGCUUUGCACGCCCCCCUGCGAUGCGGGGAGGGGGCCGCCCCCAGGCCGCACGGACUCUCGCUGCUGGGAACCCCGCCACGCACAGGCCUCGGCGGAGGGGGCCGCAGGGGGCAGCGCCCGCCUGGACCCUUGGCACUUAAUAAAGAAGUUCAGUUUGAUGAGCA